CUCCCAGCAACAAACAUCACUGCAGUCUUCUUUCUCUUCCUCUCCACCAAUCUCCCAUUGUCCAGUCGCGCACGAAGUUCCAGGACUUCUAGUAUACGUCUCGAUUAGCAAAAACAAAAAAUAGCCAAAGUAGCCGAGUUCAGUACCAACACACGCUAGCUAUCAACAUCACCACCGCAUACAUCAACCAAAGCUGCUCCUAUCCUUCCUCCAUCCCCGAUCACGACGCCAGAUACGGUCCCAUCGUUACACCCACAUACCCGCGGCAUCGAUAAAUCUACCGUCACAAUAGUGUUGGGACGCUCUACGAGUCGCCCCCAAUCGGGCUCAGACAAGGACAACCAAAGUCCGGACAAAAACACAGGCGCAUCCCCAGAUUCGCGACAGUUACUGGAAAACACGACAGAGGAAACAGCCCGGUUGGCCAGCAGAGUUCCUCUGGACACUUCACCGAACACAAGCUCUCGGUUUAUUCAAGGCUCUGCCGUGACUCCAGAGCCUCAACGCCGGCCACGGGCAGGCUCCCAGAAGGAGAAUCUUGACACUGGCCGAACCCCUUCUUCCAGCACGCCAGCCCGUCAACGCAGACAGAUUCUGGAGCCGCCAAGUCUUGAAUGGAUCCGUGGACACACACGAACGAGUACAUCUAAGGACUAGAAACCUGAUUCUGCUGCGACUUCGGAUCCUUCACCCACACCUCCUCCUUCGCCGAGGCCCCGUUCCGCAACCUUAUUUCCAUCUCCGGACACACCUCGUUCUUCACGUGCACGUCCAAGCACCCCUCGUGCGUCUGAAAGACCUCACCUUGAGCUGGUUCGAGACAUCAGUGGCGAUAACGUUGCCGACAUCUUGGAAGCUGCCGGCGCUUAUGCCAAUCUAGCCACGUCGCCUCUCUCUACUCCGCUCGAACUCCCAAUAUCGUCGAGAGGCCGGAGAAGAGCCAAAUCGCUUCCAGCCGGACAAAGAUCCAAGUCGAAGCCCAAAGACGAACCAGAAGCAACAGACGAAGAAGAAGAAGACAUGAACGGCAUGCACGCUGGUAAUAUGCCCGCCGCCAUGGUUGGCCUCCCCACGCCGGCAGGACACCAAGCCGAGCUAAACUACAUCUAUGGCCUGGUUGAGGAAUUGAGUCGACAACUCGCGCAAAACCAACGGGCCUUGGAGGAGGUCGUCUCGGGUGUUGGUAAAGUGCGCGGGCGGGCAAGGUCACAGUCUCUCACAAAUGACGAACUACUCAAUGCCGCAGGCGAAGAACUCAAGAACCAAGAUGAAAACAUAGACCAACUAGUUUCAGUUCUCACCGAGGCCCUGGAAAAGGCCAAAUUCUCCCGUGACGCCAACGCCGCCCUCCUCUCACAGUACUCACAAGUCAUGUACACCAUGCUCAAGAAGUUCCACGAGUACAAAGCCAAGCACGUCCAAGACGUGGCAGCCUGGCAUCACUCAUACCGCGCCCAACUGGCUGAGGCGCGCGCCGAAAAUAGCCGACUCCGCGAGCAGAUUUGGGAGAUGCAGGCGCAUGCCGGCAAGGCCAACGAGCUUGUGCGCAAGUUCCGCGCCGAGUAUGACAAGGACGAAAAGCGAUGGGAGCGGACGGUGGAUGCCAAGGCCAUGCGGCAGGAGCUACGGUUCUGGAAGAGAAUGGCGAUGCCUGAGUUGCCGGAUGAUGAUGAAUUCUGGAGUGAUGAUGAUGAUAUUAUCGAUAGGGCUGAAAAGGAAAGGCAAAAGGAACUGCAGAAGUUGGAUGCUGAGCAACAGGCACAGGCUGCUCAGGCUGUGGCAGAGGAGGCGGCUGCGAACGAGGCUGCCGAAAGUAGUGGUUUGGGAGAGAUGAGUGGGAGCAAUGGUUCUGGCGUAACGGGGGUAGUGACGGAGGUACCACAGCCAUCCGUGUCGUGAGACUAGGAUCAACGGCUUGUGGUGAUACCCCUUUUUUUGUUGUUUAUUUGUUGAUGGUGUUACGGUACAUAGGGUGGGCGUACAGGGAAAUUGUGCAUACGAUCAAACCCAUAAGCGAUUAAUAAGGGUGCUUUAAAAAAAUUAACAAUAUUUAUUUGCGACAUUGUCCGGGCAUCAGAUCGAAAGGUUGCAUUUGUGGUCUUUAAACACGCAGGGUGACGGAAUACAACAUUUUGUCCCUGCUCAUGAGGGCUUUUGUGGGAGGAACCUGAUGAAAUCCAAGCACCAGGUCAUCAACAAGUUCAAACACACG